UAAUUAUAUCACCUUGCAAGGAGAUCCUUCCUUGGUGAUUGGAGCACGUAAUCGAAUGUUGCAAGUUGUUAUACAUUUUCGACCUUCAAGGACGUUUUCUUAUUAUGAAUUUCUCGUUGUCUUGGCUUCAAUUUGGCUGGCAAAAUGUCUGCACGAGUAGCUGUGGUGACUGGAUCCAACAAAGGCAUUGGUCUGGCUAUUGUGAGAGCCUUGUGCAAGCAGUUCUCUGGGGAUGUGUAUUUGACAGCCCGGGACUCUGAACGAGGCAAAGCAGCAGUGACACAACUGUCGGAAGAAGGAUUAAAACCACUUUUCCACCAACUAGAUAUUAAUGAUCUGGAGAGUAUCCAAACUCUCCGUGAUUUUCUCAAGGAAAAAUAUGGCGGAUUGGAUGUGCUAGUCAACAAUGCUGGGAUUGCCUUCAAAGUUGCAGAUACAACCCCAUUUGCUGUACAAGCAGAAGUCACGCUGAGAACAAAUUUUUUUGCAACCAGGAAUGCUUGCACAGAACUUCUGCCACUAUUGAAACCUAAUGGGAGGGUAGUCAAUGUAUCCAGCAUGGUUUCAGUUUCAGCAUUGUCCAAAUGUAACCAGGAUCUGCAGCAGAAAUUUCGGAGUGACACAAUCACUGAAGAAGAGCUAGUGAAACUGAUGGAAAAAUUUGUGGAAGAUACCAAGAAGGGAGUGCAUGAGAAGGAAGGCUGGCCAAGUGCUGCUUAUGGAGUAUCCAAAAUUGGAGUGACAGUUUUAUCAAGAAUUCAGGCCAGGCUAUUGAAUGAGACAAGAAAAAAUGAUGGUAUUCUCCUGAAUGCUUGUUGUCCUGGGUGGGUCAGAACAGAUAUGGCAGGUUCCAGAGCCACAAAAAGUCCAGAUGAGGGAGCUGAGACUCCAGUUUAUUUAGCGCUUUUAUCUCCUGGCGCUACUGAACCCCAUGGCCAAUUUGUUAGUGAAAAGAAAGUUCAGAAAUGGUAACUAUGCUCUUGCAUUAUGCUGUAUAUAAGAACUGGAAGUUACAGAUGCUACACCAAUCUUUGCUACAGGUAUCUCCUCUAGCAAAUUGUGCCAAGCUCCUAUGCCAUGGAGGUGAGAACCAACAUACAGCGGAUUGAAGUAAAAAGCAUCCAGUUGCUUAGUGAGAUCACUGUUUAAUCUUCUGCUGAGGGUGACAAUUAGUGCUGCAUCUUAGUAACAGGCUUUGGGAUUCUCACUCUUCUCCAGAUUGGGGUAGCUUUUCAAUAUUGGCUUCUAAGAUAAUUCACUCCAAAGAUUUAUAAAGCACAUAUGCAUAAUUUUUUCUUUCGAUAAAGAUCAUUUUUGGUAAUGUAUUAACUGUCAUCUUGAAAAUAAAUCUUGACUAUAUAAAACAGUAAAUAAAGUUCAUGAUUAAUAAUUUGA